AUGGAGUGUCCCCUGUGCAUGGAACCACUGGAGAUAGAUGACGUUAACUUCUUUCCUUGCACUUGCGGCUACCAGAUCUGCCGCUUUUGUUGGCACCGCAUUCGCACAGAUGAGAAUGGCCUUUGUCCUGCCUGCAGAAAGCCGUACCCUGAGGACCCUGCUGUCUACAAGCCCUUGUCACAAGAAGAGAUUCAGAGGAUAAAGAAUGAAAAGAAGCAAAAACAGAAUGAGAAGAAGCAGAAGGUGACAGAGAACCGCAAGCAUCUGGCCAGUGUCAGAGUGGUGCAGAGAAACCUGGUGUUUGUGGUCGGUCUUUCACAGCGACUCGCCGACCCAGAGGUUCUUAAAAGACCUGAAUAUUUUGGGAAAUUUGGCAAAAUUCACAAAGUGGUAAUCAACAACAGCACAUCUUAUGCAGGUUCACAGGGGCCUAGUGCCAGCGCAUAUGUCACUUACAUCCGGCCGGAGGAUGCUCUCAGAGCAAUACAGUGUGUAAAUAAUGUGGUGGUUGAUGGCAGAACUCUCAAGGCUUCCCUGGGAACUACAAAAUACUGCAGCUACUUUCUCAAAAGUAUGCAGUGUCCCAAACCUGAUUGUAUGUAUCUACAUGAGCUUGGGGAUGAAGCAGCUAGUUUUACAAAAGAGGAAAUGCAGGCUGGAAAACAUCAAGAAUAUGAACAGAAACUUUUAGACCUUUGCAAAAUUAAUCCUAGCUUUCAACAACCCCCAACAUGUGCAACAGAGAAGUCAAAAAGUAAAACCAACUCCACUCAAAGAACCAAUAAUAGCAAUGGGAAAGAUGGUUGGCCAACACUGUCAUCAGGGCAUAGUAAAUUGGUAAAUGGCCUUUCAGAAGAUCGCAAAUCCCCUCCACUUCUAGACUAUUUAGACCAAGAAGGCCUGACAUCAGAUGGGCUAGACUCAGAGCUUGCGUCUGUUCAACGGGCCGGCCUAUCCCCUUUCUCUUCAAACUGUGACAGUAACAGCCCCAGUGACAAACCUCCAGAGUCCAUCAGUUUGGUUAAUGGAGACACAUUACAACAGAUGCCCACUUGUAACUCCCCUUCUCCUCCUCCUGGUCUAACAAAACCCAGCUUGGUGGUGCCCAUCAGCAUCUCAGACCUCACAGCUCGCUCUCCAUUUGAGGGGGCAGCGGCUGAGUCCCAGUCCCUGUUUUCAGACAACAGUAACUUCAGACAUCCAAACCCUCUCCCUGCCGGCCUUGCUCCAUUCCCCAGCUCUCCUCGCGGCAACUCAGACUGGCCCAUGACCCCUGAACCACAGAGUCUCUUCGCCUCAGACACAAUUCCAGUGUCUUCAUCUACAGACUGGCAGGCAGCAUUUGGCUUUGGCUCAUCAAGCAAACAGCAGGACGAUGACCUGGGCUUCGAUCCUUUUGACGUCACCCGCAAAGCCUUGGCCGAUCUGAUUGAGAAAGAGCUGUCCGUUCAGGAUCACAACCCGUUGUCCCCAGGACCCCUAUCUCAAAGAAGUAACCAUGUGCCUGGUCUGCUUCCCCUGAACCACAGCAGCUCACACCACUUCCCCAGCGGCCUUCCACGCCACCCUCACCUCCACCACAGAGCCAUAUACAACUCCUUCAGUUUUCCCGGGAGUCAGGCCAACCAAGCCAGUCAUCAGCAGCCCUCCCCCAGACACCCGUGGAUGGCCCACCCCACACGGAAUAACCUCACACACUUGAACCACUCAGCCAGCCCUGCCUCACACAGUAAUUUCCUGGACCUGAAUCUGCCUACUCACAGCACAGGCCUGGGUGGGAUCCCCAUUUCAGAAAACAGUGGCUCUAUAGAGGGCCUAAAUGUGAAAGAGUGGCAGGAUGGUCUGAGAGCUCUUUUACCAAACAUCAAUAUCAACUUUGGGGGUCUACCAAAUUCAUCAUCCUCAUCUUCAUCGUCCUCCUCCAAUAGUGUUAAUCACGUUGGGGGUCCGACAGGGCCAGCAGGUCUCUCCCACAGUCUCAGCUGGGAUGGUACAGCCAGCUGGAUGGAUCCUGCAAUCAUCACAGGUAUCCCAGCCUCGGGCAACAGUUUAGACUGUCUUCAGGACGAUAACCCCCCUCACUGGCUGAAGUCGCUGCAGGCCCUCACAGAAAUGGAUGGUCCAGCCAGCUCAGCAGUGCCCACGCCCCUUCACAGUGGCCUCCUUGACGCUCAUCUUCCCAUCCCGCACAGAGCCGCUGGCGGCUGGGCUCCCUACCUGCCUACUCCCACAGCCAACCCCAGCCAGUUCCACUCCCCACCCCCAGGCUUCCAGACAGCAUUCAGACCCCCGGGACAGCCGGCCACAGAGCUGCUACAGAGUGCCGCAGUGGACCGCCACUGA